CAAAAGAGCUGGAAAUAGAGGGAAAUUAGAUUUUUCUGUGAUCAGCAAAAGUGGGUUUUGAGGGAUAUAUUUAGAAAAGGAACAUUUGAAACUCCGUCUUGUUUUCUCCAUGUAAAGUAAGAUCCCAGUUUUUUUAUCAGGGAAGAAAACACAAGCAAUAUUUUCUGUAUUUUUGGUAAACGGCAGUGGAGACAACAUUUACAAGGGCUGUCAAGGCUACACUGUAGUGUAGUGCCACAGUCCCAGACAUAAAAUUCAACCUUCCAAGGAUAGAAACUAAACAAAACAAUUAACUUUUUCUUCGAGUGAAAUAUUUUGAGACACCGAGUUCGGAAAACGUUGGGAAAAUGAGCAAAAAUAAAGAUGAAAAAGCCAAGGGGGCAGUACUAGAGUAUCUCACCCAGCAAAACAGACCUUACAGUGCCAUAGACGUCUUCAAUAAUCUACACAAAGAGUAUGGGAAAACAGCAGUGGUGAAAGUUUUAGAAACAUUGGCACAGGAGGGGAAGAUUAAAGAGAAAACCUAUGGAAAACAAAAAGUUUACUUACCUGAUCAGAGUCAAUAUCCCACAUGUGAUGAGACAGAACUGAAGGCAAUGGACCUGAAGAUAGCACAGAUGACAGAAGAACUGAAGGUUCUCCAGGAGGAAACCAGGAAAAUGGAGAAUGAAUUGAGAGGACUGAAUAGUUCUCUGAGCACAGAUGAGGCCAAGAAACAGUUGACAGUGCUUCGUGGAGAGGUGGAAAACUAUAAGAAGAAGCUAGCACAGCUUAAAGAAGGUGGGAAGGCUAUCAGUCCAGAAGAAAGAGAAGUUAUUAUUAAAAAUAGAGUUAAACUUGUGAAAGAGUGGAGAAAGAGGAAGAGAACAAGCACUGACAUUCUGAAUGCCAUAUUAGAGGGCUACCCAAAAACAAAGAAGCAGCUAUAUGAAGAUGUUGGGAUAGAGACAGAUGAAGAGUACAAAGUUACGCCACCUGAAAUUUGAAGCAUUUGUCAAGCCUCCCACUGGAACGUUGACAGACCUAAAAACAGUCAUUGAAGUCAUGUUUCCAUUGGAAUUAGACUGUACUAAUUCAGACCCACCUGGCAUCUGAGUGUCUUCUAUUUGGCUAGCUCACCAUAGAAAGCUAAUCUAGUCUCAGUGUACUUUCCUCAGUAGCAAAGACAGGAUAUUAAAUGUCCUUAUGGUGACUUCAUCAUACCUUUUAAAAAACUCAUGCACACAGGCAGUGAGACAGCACUGGGGUUUGACUAUUUAUGUGGUGAUGUAAUCUUUUUUUUUUUAGUGUGGGUCAUUUAAAGACCAAAUUGACUGUGGAAGACUGGAUAAAAGCGUAUAACUCUCAUGUUUCCGUAAAUUUCGAUAUAUUGUUUUUCAAUAAAUGUUUCUACAGAUAUAGCUCGUAAUGAUUUUUCAGUUUAUUGUGAAAAGAGAAAAAAUCAUUUCCCAGCUUCAGAAUUUUUACUGAGCAUUGUCAGUUAGAUGAAUAUUAUUUAAAGUAGAGUCAAGUCGAGUUUGAGCAAUGGUAUUUUUUAGUAAAAGAAAAAAUACCCCAAGUUCCAUAAUAUAAUGAGUCAAAAUUGAAACUGGUGCAUUACUAGUUGUGCAUGCACAGGGAAAUGUCAUAAACUAUCUGCGCAUCCCUUUAUUGUUCUA